UUUGCUUAUGCAGGAGCGACCCUAUGUCUUAUAUACGCACAAGUUAUAUGCAGAUGGCCUGGGCUCCAAUUAUGGAAUAGUGCUGACAAGCUGGAUCCGAGGCGCCUUCUCACGCUCUCACAUAAAUUUGUUUCCGAACAAGUUCCAGAAUGGCUUUGCCGGACAUCGUUUCCAGGUAUCGGCUGCCGAUCAGCCACCGUUUAUCUUUCGCAUCCGGUCGCUGGACUCGUCGGGGAUGGGACAGCUACGCUGGGACGGCGUUGAGAUGCGUCUGCUGAACAUGAUUGCCCAGCGUCUAAACUUCAGCUUGGACAUUACUGAAACGCCCAAUGUUGCCGAAUCGCGCAGUGCCGUAGACAGCAUUCAGAUGCAGAUUUUACAGGGCAGCGUCGACAUAGGAAUGUCCGGUAUUUACUUGACGGAGUCGAGGAUGCUGGAGACGGAUAUGUCUGUUGGUCACUCGCGUGACUGCGCGGCAUUCAUAACGCUUGCGUCGAAGGCCCUGCCCAAAUACCGGGCCAUAAUGGGGCCCUUUCAGUGGCCAGUCUGGGCGGCACUGGUCUCCGUGUAUCUGGGUGGUGUAUUUCCCAUUGUCUUUACGGAUCGGCUAACUCUGAGACAUCUAAUGGGAAAUUGGGGUGAAAUCGAGAACAUGUUCUGGUACGUUUUCGGUAUGUUCACUAACGCGUUCACAUUUACGGGCAAAUAUGCCUGGGCCAAUACAGAAAAGACAUCCACUCGCCUCUUAAUCGGCUCCUACUGGCUGUUCACUAUUAUCAUAACAUCCUGUUACACAGGCUCCAUUAUUGCGUUCGUCACACUGCCCGCCUUUCCGGAUACCGUCGACUCUGUGACGGACCUGCUUGGUCUCUUCUUUCGGGUUUGCACGCUGGACAACGGUGGCUGGGAGACUUGGUUCCAGAACUCCACGCAUGAAGCCACGUCCAAGCUGUACAAGAAAAUGGAGUUUGUUAGAACCCUGGAGGAGGGUAUUGGCAAUGUUACUCAGAGCUUUUUCUGGAAUUACGCAUUUCUCGGCUCAAAGGCGCGGCUUGAAUACCUCGUUCAAUCCAACUAUUCUAAUGAGUAA